UGGAGGCUUUAACUCAGUCUGUCUUUUAGUGUCAGUCAUUAUUCAGUCAGUAUGGAGCUCAGUCAACUUCCUCUUCUGCUCUUGCUGAUUUCAAACAUCCACUCUGGACACACUGAAGAUGUUCCCAAACCAACUCUGACUGUACGGCCACAGAGUUCAGUGUUCACUGGAGACUCAGUCACUCUCAGAUGUGACAUAAAAGAUGAAGGAGUCACUAGCUGGAGUUACAUCUGGUAUAAAGACGGUUCAACCAGUUUUCUCAGUGAAGGACAGGAACACACAUUCAAUGUUACUGAGUCUGACGCAGGAAAAUACUUCUGUUAUGGGACAGAGACUGGAGGAUCACACAGAUCACAACACAGUGAUGAAGUUACACUGACAGUAACAGAAAGACCAAAACCCAGAGUGACCAUUAAACCUGAUCAUCAUGUAUUCAGAGGAGACUCAGUCACUCUCAGAUGUGUCAUAUAUGAUGAAGGAGUCACUAGCUGGAGGUACAACUGGUAUAAAGACGGUUCAAUCAGUGUUUUCAGUGAACGACAGGAACACACAUUCAGUUCUGUUACUGAGUCUGACGUAGGAAAAUACUCCUGUUAUGGGACAGAGACUGAAGGAUCACGCAGUUCACACCGCAGUGAUGAAGUUACACUGACAGUAUCAGAUGUUCCCAAACCGACUCUGACUGUUCAGCCAAAGGGUUCAGUGUUCACUGGAGACUCAGUUACUCUUACAUGUGUGCUGGAUCAGUCAUGGGAUGGAUGGGAGUUUCUCUGGAGAAAAGACUCAAACACCGAAUAUCCUGAAGCUGAAACUAAAACUAUCAAUCCUGAGAAAGUCUCUGAUGGAGGAAAGUACAGAUGCAGAGCAAGAAGAGGAGGAUAUUACACAGAUUACAGUAAACCAGUAGCAGUGACAAUACAUGAAAGACCAAAACCCAGAGUGACCAUUAAACCUGAUCAUCAUGUAUUCAGAGGAGAGACAGUCACUCUCAGAUGUGUCAUAUAUGAUGAAGGAGUCACUAGCUGGAGGUACAACUGGUAUAAAGACGGUUCAAUCAGUGUUUUCAGUGAACGACAGGAACACACAUUCAGUCCUGUUACUGAGUCUGACGCAGGAAAAUACUCCUGUUAUGGGACAGAGACUGGAGGAUCACGCAGUUCACUUCGCAGUGAUGAAGUUACACUGACAGUAUCAGAUGUUCCCAAACCGACUCUGACUGUUCAGCCAAAGGGUUCAGUGUUCACUGGAGACUCAGUUACUCUGAGAUGUGUGCUGGGUCAGUCAUGGGAUGGAUGGGAGUUUCUCUGGAGUAAAGACUCAAAAACUGAAUCUUCUGAAGCUGAAACUAAAACUAAAACUAAAACUAUCCGUCCUGAGAAAGUCUCUGAUGGAGGAAAGUACAGAUGCAGAGCAAGAAGAGGAGGAUUUUACACAGAUUACAGUAAACCAGUAGCAGUGACAAUACAUGAGAGACCAAAACCCAGAGUGACCAUUAAACCUGAUCAUCAUGUAUUCAGAGGAGACUCAGUCACUCUCAGAUGUGACAUAUAUGAUGAAGGAGUCACUAGCUGGAGGUACAACUGGUAUAAAGACGGUUCAACCAGUGUUUUCAGUGCAGGACCGGAACACACAUUCAGUGUUAUUGAGUCUGACGAAGGAAAAUACUCCUGUUAUGGGACAGAGACUGGAGGAUCACGCAGAUCACAACACAGUGAUGAAGUUACACUGACAGUAACAGUUCCUGAAGCAGUUUUAAGUGUUUCUCCUCAGAAGUGGUUGACUGAAGGAGAUCCAGUGACUCUGAUCUGUGAGGUUAACGGCUCCUCUACAGGCUGGACAUUUAGCUGGUUCACUGAAACUGUCUCAGGGAGCAGCAUUGAUCAUGAGCUCCUCUCAGACAGCAGCAGAGGAUCUGGAGGAAAAUACACUGUCAGUUCUGCUCAUCUAAAUCACACUGGACUUUAUGUGUGCAAAGGACAGAGAGAGAAAACAGCUGUUUACACAAAAUACAGCAACACACAACCACUGUGGGUCACUGGUGUUUCUCCUCCAGUGUCUCUGAUCAUCAGUCCCAGCAGAACUCAACACUUCAUCUAUGACUCUCUCUCUCUGAGCUGUGAAAACCAGAGUAACUCUGACAGAUGGACAGUGAGAAGAUACACAGACAGCGGACAGCGGCUGGAAUAUUGUUCAUCAUUAGUGUGGGCAUCACAAAAAGGAUCUACAUGUACAAUCAGAUCCACCCUCACAUCACACACUGGAGUUUACUGGUGUCAGUCUGAAUCUGGAGAGAACUAUCAUCCUGUUAAUAUCACUGUACACUCUGGUGUGAUUCUGGAGAGUCCUGUUCAUCCUGUGACUGAAGGAUGUAAUCUGACUCUACGCUGUUUAUAUCAAUAUCCAACCCGAUCAAACAUCAGAGCUGAUUUCUAUAAAGAUGGAUCACUCGUCCAGAAUCAAACUACAGAGAUGAUCAUCCCGACUGUCUCAAAGUCACAUGAGGGUUUCUACUACUGCAAACACCCAAAGAUAGGAGAGUCUCCCAAGAGCUGGAUCUCAGUCAGAGUUUCUCCAGCCUCAGGAUCUAAUGGUGUCAAUCCCACGAUAAUUGGAGUGACUGCAGGACUGACUGUUGUAUUUUUGCUCAUUGUCUUCUUGGCCCUGCUGUGGCGCUACAGAAACAACAAAGGUGUGAGAUCUGAGUCUCCGUCUCCUGUCAGUCAUCAGCAGAACAUCAGUCACGGCAACCAGAGGGAUGCCGGAUACACGACACUGCUGUCCGGAACAUCACAUAUUUAUGAGUCUGUUGAUCCAAAUAUUAAUAAAGAAAUAAGCACAGACGGUGCAAGUGAGCCGACUGAGAUCACAUAUGCUGAGAUUGAACUCAAACCAACAAAGAAACAGAAGAAAAAGAAAGAAAACAAAGGCAAUAACACUGGGAAUGACGACAUUUACUCCAAACUGAAGCUGGAAACGGAUCAAAAUGCUGGAUCCAGUGAUGUGAUGUAUGCUCAGGUUAAAAAAGAUGACCGGAGAAAAAAAAUCUUUCAAUCAGGAAUCUGAUGAGUUUAUGGUUGAGAAGUGAAAGGAUCAAGGCAAUAGAUUUGCCAGAACUUACUGUAAUAUUAGUAAGUCUUCAUGUGCUUCAGAGACUAUGCAUGUUAAUAUUUGAAAAGCAUUGAGAUGAUUAUUCACUAGAAAUAAGCUUGUAUUGUUUAGUACUGCGUUUUAUACUGGUUAUUUCAGCAACAGCAGCAGCUUAUCAUUUGACAACUGAGGGCUAUUUCUUUUCUGACUAAUGAAUAAGGGACCAAGUUAACUUUUUUUUAAUUUCUGUUUUCUUAAAUGUAUUUGUACAAAAAUGUAUUUGUAACAAAAUGUUAAAAUUGUGAUUUCCAUGUCUGGACAAGUUGUCUUUAAACAUAAACACACAUAGUAAAACUACUUCCAGCUAUGCUCGCAAAAAAAAAAAAAAAAAAAAAAAAAAAAAA